ACAGCUCUCUUCCCGCUGACACGGGCUACGCCCCGCCCCCAUGUCCCGCCCACUGCUUCUGGAUUCCCCCCUGAAAUCAACAGCUAUGGCUCCAUCUACUCCUGGCCCAGUCCAGGUUGUUAUAGUACAAAAGGAUGAUCAUUCGUUUCAGCUGGAUGAAGAGGCUUUGGCUUCUGUUCUUCUUCAGGACCACAUUCGUGAUCUGGAUGUAGUUGUUGUAUCUGUAGCUGGUGCUUUUCGUAAAGGAAAGUCUUUCUUGCUUGACUUUAUGCUGAGGUUUAUGUACCACCAGAAGGAAAUUAAUCGAAGGAACUGGCUAGGAGAGGAUAAUGAACCUCUCACAGGAUUUUCUUGGAAAGGGGGGUCCGAUCCUGAUACCACUGGCAUUCAAAUCUGGAACGAGGUCUUCACCGUGAAAAGGCCGGAUGGUAAAGAGGUUGCUGUUGUCCUAAUGGACACGCAGGGGGCAUUUGACAGUCAGUCCACAGUUAAGGAUUGUGCUACUAUUUUUGCUCUCAGCACUAUGACCAGCUCUAUUCAGAUCUAUAAUUUAUCCCAAAAUAUACAAGAGGAUGAUCUACAACAGUUGCAGCUUUUUACUGAAUAUGGACGACUGGCUAUGGACGAGAUCUUCUUGAAGCCCUUUCAAACCCUUAUGUUUUUGGUUAGAGAUUGGAGCUUUCCUUAUGAAUAUCCCUAUGGAGAAGAAGGAGGUGCAAAGUUCCUAGAGAAGAGGCUGAAGGUAAAAGAACACCAGCAUGAAGAGAUCCAGAAUGUACGAAAACACAUUCACUCCUGUUUCACCAGCGUCAGCUGCUUCCUUCUCCCACACCCCGGUCUCAAAGUGGCAACUAGUCCUCAGUUUGAUGGCCGCCUGAAAGACAUUGCUCCUGAGUUUACAGAUCAGCUGAAUGCUCUGGUGCCACUUAUACUGGAACCUAGUAGCCUUAUGGAGAAAGAGAUAAAUGGUGCAAAGGUUACUUGCCGAGGACUGCUUGAAUAUUUCCGGGCUUACAUAAAAAUAUACCAAGGAGAAGAUUUACCACAUCCCAAAUCUAUGCUACAGGCAACUGCUGAGGCCAAUAACCUGGCAGCGGUGGCUUCUGCCAAAGACUUAUACAACAGCAGCAUGGAGAAGAUUUGUGGUGGUGAGAAGCCAUAUGUGUCACCAGAUGUCCUGAGAGAUAGAGAUGCUGCCUGUAAGGACGAGGCCCUGUCUCAAUUUGACCGUGCAAAAAAAAUGGGAGGAGUGGAGUUCAGCCAACAAUACAGAGAAGAGUUGGAGAAGAGCCUUGAUGACGUGUAUUCUGCUUUCUGCAAGCACAAUGAGAGCAAGAACAUCUUCACAGCCUUCCGCACUCCAGCUGUACUUCUAGCCCUGGUGGUUGCAUUAUACAUGGCUUCUGGCAUCACAGGAUUUGUCGGUUUAAGUGUGGUGGCACAACUGUUUAACUGUGCAAUGGGGCUGCUGCUCAUUGCACUCCUCACAUGGGGCUACAUCAAAUACUCUGGACAGUACAGAGACCUUGGCAAAGUUAUUGAUUCCAGUGCGGAUUAUGUUCUUGAGCAGGCUACAAACCGCAUGGGAAAUUCUACCCGUCAUUCCACAGAAUCCGCCAUUGGCGCACCAACUGAGAGGAAAAAGCAAAAGUAACAGCAGCAUUUCCUGUCUUUCCUGCCUCCAGCAGAAGCCACCAUCUUAAACUGCAGCUUUUCCAGAUAUGCCAUCUAUUUGUACACAAUAUACUCGACUCUUUCCAACCCAAAAUUGCACCGACAAACCCCUUCAUACAUUUCCAAUGCCAUAUAAAGUAGACCAGUUGCAUCUUGUCAUGGGCACAGCGAGCCGUGAUGUCUGGUCUGUAGUACACGCUCUGCACUUUAGAUCUACAUCUAUGGUAAUUUUUCCCUAUAACGCAAAAACACAAGUAUUUUCAUAGAGAGAGUUGAUGCAACAUAUACAUGUUGUUUUUUUUUUACUUUAGGAAAUUUGUAUUAUUGGGGAUUUACUUCUAAAGUUACCUAAUUUUGCCAAUAUAUCAGUGCAAAUUUACAAGAGAGAAGUGACCCUUAACUUGUGGUAUUACUAUUGUACUUCAUAGCAGAAUUGUAGUCUAAUAAGAACCUUCUGCUACCCUGCCCAACCCAUCCCCUUAAAUUAAAAAGUAAAGGAUCACAUGAUCAAGUAUGACAUGCCUUCUGUUGGCUAAUAUGAGUUUAAAGCCCAAUUCUGGGCUAGCCAAAACAAAUUUAAUCUGGCUGUGUCUCUUCCUGUAUAUACAGAAUAAAAUGCUUGUUUAAUAUGGGGAAUGGAAGGGGCUCUAAUAUACAAAGGAAUCCUUACGUUUUUCUAUAGCCCUGCAGGCUUUUUCCCCUCCCAUUUUUGGUAAUGGCAACAGGUCCACCAAUCUGCUCUGACAUGGUCAUGUACAGUGCAGGACCAGCAGCCUAGUCAUGCAUUUUAUGUAAUGAUGAUAAGGGGCAGCCCACAUUUCAGGGCAGGAUAGAAGAACAGCAUCAGCUGCCAAAGAACCAUCGAAUAAGGUGAAAAUUACUAUCUAUUAUACUCUCAUAAACUGAAGAAGCAUUAAAAUGUAAGGUUGCUGGGUGGGCAAGGUAGGAGUGUUUAAUAUUGACUAUAAAUCCGUUUUACAUUUUUUGGAUUAUAAAUGGUUACAAUUAAUGUUUAGAUGUUAAAUAUAUUCUCUUGGGUUACUUCUAUGCAUUCCUGGGUUUAUAUAUAUUUUUUUUUAUUCCUGAAGAGGGGCCUUAGUGUAAUAUUAGCUUAGGUUGUGCCUUAUUGCAUGCCUCUUUUUUGGGGCUUAUAAACUAAUACUGUCCUUUCUCAAAAAUUUUAUAGAAGAAAUGUAUCUACGUCUAAUCUUAUUUUAGUCGACGACAUGUAUAACAUAUUACUGUUUUAUGUGAUAUCAAAACAUAAAAAGGAAACGGUUUCUUAAAGUCAAUCUUUUCUCCACUUCUUCUGAAAUUGCCCUGAAGAACACAAUGUGCCUGCUAUUAUUUCUCAUGUUUGGAAACCUCUCCUCUGUGCUCCAUGAGCGAUUACAUUCAUUUUUCUUUAGAGGUCUCAAUUUCUUGAGCAUAUGUACUGGCAGCACUAAGCUUCUCUCAACCACGCCAGCUCCGUCUAAUGACAGUGCCUUAUUUGCUAAAAGAGAACUUUGAUUGGUUGAAGAGGAGCAUACACUGAGGAGCUAAGCAACUAAAGAAAGAUGGGCACACGCUGAGGAGCUAAGCAACUAAGAGGGCACACGCUGAGGCGCUAAGCAACUAAGAGGGCACACGCUGAGGCGCUAAGCAACUAAG